GCAUUACUAUUGUCUGUCUGAACAAUUUUGAAAACAAAAUGGCAUCUAACAGCUGGCCUGUAGCGAAAGGCGGGCUGUUUGGCCAAGCGGAACGACCUGCGUACAGCAAAGAGACUCAAGAUCUGUUAAAAGUCAUGAUGGAAGAGUCACGGUUGACUAACUUUCAGCGACGACAAUUAAGCGAGUCAAUGAAAGGGGGUAAAAGUCUUCCUACCCGUGUCGCACCAACUUCGAGCGACGUGAAAAAGCGAUCACCCCCAAAAAUGAAGCCUCAUCGAAUUACUGUAUCAAGUAACAUGCGAACUUUAGAUAAAAUCGAGCAAACAGGUGCGUACGAGCGCCCACAGUUUGUUCCAAAGCCGAUUCGAUCGCUCGACAAAGAAAAGCAAAGACUUGCAAAUAUGAUGGCAUACGGGGAAGACAUUGAAAAAAUUCCGAAAAGGAAAAUUGUACGAAAAAUCGAACCUCCCCCCCAGAAAGAUCGCUUUGAGGAAAUUCAGGAAGAAAUUGUCGAACGUCGUCAAUUUUUAAACGAAAUGGAAAAACUCGGACAAGGAAAGCAGCACAGAUCUGUUAUCAAUACCCAGAUAUCCCAGCUUAUCAGAGAGAUGGAAGUCAUAGAUAAGCACCGAACUGAACUGUUAGAAAAAGCGUUGGACGAACAGGAAGAAGCAGAAGGGGGAGAAUAAACAUUCCAUAACAUGAUUUGACUGCCCGAUUGUGCCAAUUUCUUCCUGGACAGAAUAGAUUUGCUUUUCUACGUCUCAGAUAUUCAUAGUGCAUAAGAAAUGCCCAAAACUAUGUGUAAAUACCAAUGGCGUGUGGCGGCUUGUGGGCCACAACUGAACCUGCCAAGCCUUUUGCUGUGGCCCUUGUCAUUACUCAGUAUUUUCCUCAUUAAGCAUAAAAUCCCAAUAUGAAAGUUAGGUUUGAAAAGGCGCUCACAUAGAAAUAAAUAUAUAGUGUUAUUUUUUGCUCUUGUCGCUGUGUUAAUCUUUUGCCGUAUUGCCCGGUGCCUUUACUACUGUAAGUGAUAGACUUUCCAUUGUGAGAAUUUUCAAUCUGUUGUGUUCAUGGAAAAACUAAAUUUCUGUACUUGGUUAAAUGACCUACUGACAAAAAGUGUUGCACACCCCUCUCUGCUAUAUACUAUAGUGAUUGUCGGCAGGCUUACUCAUUGUACUUUCUCCCAGCAUUUCUAAUAUCUUCUAAUAUCCAAUCUUCAAUACUGACUUCUUUUAUAGGGCCUCUUCAUAUUUGUCUACUUAAAACUAGGCUCUGUAUAAUUGGCUAUUGAUACGCAAGUGGAUACUAUAGUUUAGAACAGGGGUGGGGAACUUCUCUAAUUGGAGGGCCGAAUGUGGCAAAAUGAAGUCCUCGGUGGGCCGGAUCACAUAUUUAUUCGCUAAUGCACGAAAGAAAUUUAUAAAUCGCGUUUAGAGUAAAGUUAAAACUUUACAAAAAAUAGAGACCAAAAAACGCAUAAUGAAUUUAUCAUAAUGUACUAAAAGUUUUAGAAGGAUUGGAAUCUUUCUGUUUCAGCAUUGCCUACCCAUGUUUGACUGUUGUGUAUGUUCUAGUGCAGUGGUUCCCAAACCAUGGCGGGUCAAUUAUCGCCUGUCCAACUUGAGUGGAAUAGCUUAACACCUUAGGCUAAUUUACCCUGACCUUUGGCGAACAAUAAAAACAAGAUGGCGGCUAUCUGAAAUUUUCUUCUGAAUCGAUUUGAACAGUUUACUAUACGAUUUGAAAUGACUUAUCUAUACAGAAUAUAUAUUUCCUGUUUUGUUAUUUUGUUCCACUGUUUAAAAUCCCAC